ACAAAACGUACGUGGGGACCACUGAGGUUGGAUUUCAGGUGACUUCCGCUCCCAAACCGGCCGGCAGCCCGAGGCCUGCAAUUCACAAACGGGUGUUGUCCCCGCGCUGUUGGGCGCAGGCACCGGAGCCCACGGAAACUCUCCGCGUGGGCGUUGGGACCCUUUGUCACAGGGAGCAAUGCUGCCCCGGUGGGAACUGUUCCUUUACCUGCUAACUUCCCUGGGCUUCCACUUCUAUUCUUUCUAUGAAGUUUACAAAACCUCCAGAGAACAUGAAGAGGAACUGGACCAAGAAUUUGACCUGGAGACGGACACUUUAUUUGGAGGAUUAAAGAAGGACCCAACCGACUUCGAGUGGAACUUCUGGAUGGAAUGGGGGAAACAGCGGCUGGCGUGGCUUCUCCUUGGCCACGUGGGUGUGUCUCAAGUGGCCAACCUGCUCAGCAGGAAGCACAGGCCCUGGAUCCUCGCAGCCUAUGGGAUGUGGGCCUGCCAGUGUGUGCUGGGGGCCCAAGGCACCGCCGUGGUCCUUCUCCACACUGCCAUCUCCUACUGCGUAGCCCAGUUCCGGUCACCGUUCCUCUCAUGGCUCUGUUCCCUCCUCCUGCUCUCUACACUGAGGCUGCAAGAUGUGGAGGAAGUUAAGAGAGGGUGGUACCAGACGGAAAACGAGUACUACCUGUUGCAGUUCACGCUGACCGUUCGCUGCCUGUACUACACCAGCUUCAGCCUCGAGUUCUGCUGGCAGCCGCGCCCCGCCGGCCACACCUUCUACUCCUUUCCCUGGAUGGUGGCCUAUGUCUUCUAUUACCCUGUCUUCCACAACGGGCCCGUCCUCAGCUUCCCGGAGUUCAUCGGACAGAUGCAGCAGCAAGAGCACGGCUCGCUGAAGGCCAGCUUUUCCAUCCUUGUCCUGGGGCUGGGCCGCCUCCUCUUCUGUUGGUGGUUGGCGGAGCUGAUGGUUCACCUCAUGUACAUGCACGCCAUCUACAGCAGCACCUCCCUCCUGAGGGCUGUCUCUUGCUGGACCUUAGGAGGACUGGCGUUGGCCCAGGUGCUCUUCUUCUAUGUGAAGUACUUGGUGCUCUUUGGUGUCCCGGCUCUGCUCAUGCGCCUGGAUGGACUCACGCCGCCGCCCCUCCCUCGCUGUGUGAGCACCAUGUUCAGUUUCACAGGGAUGUGGAGGUAUUUUGACGUUGGCCUGCAUGACUUCUUAAUCAGGUAUGUGUACAUUCCCAUGGGCGGGUCCCAGCACGGUCUGCUGGGGACACUGUUUUCCACCGCAAUGACAUUUGCGUUUGUGAGUUUCUGGCACGGUGGGAAUGACUACCUCUGGUGCUGGGCAGCCCUCAACUGGCUGGGAGUCACCGUGGAGAAUGGAGUCCAGAGGCUCGUGCAGACGCCGCGCAUCCAGGACAGCUUGGCCCAGCUCCUCUCCCCGCCAGCUCGCCGCCGAUUCCAUGCUGCCCUGGCGUCUUGUUCCACCUCCAUGCUGAUCCUGUCCAACCUGGUAUUUCUUGGGGGCAACCAUGUUGGGAAAAUCUACUGGACUAGGAUCUUCAUCCAAGGUUGGCCGUGGGUGACCCUCUCUGUCCUGGGAUUCCUGUACUGCUACUCCCACGUGGGCAUUGCCUGGGCCCAGACAUACUCAUAAACUAAUGCCGCCGGCCCCAGGCCGGCCCCUGUUGCUGGCUUCCAGGGCAGAUGGUGCUUCACUCUGACCUCGCACACCAAGGUAACCUCCAGGGGACCAGUGCUUGAUCUGCUCAUCUUUUCUUGAAGUCACCUCUUUCCAAGACUGGAUGCUUGAGCUCACGUAACUUUGGGAACUUAGAGAUUGUCUUCCCCAGCUCCAUCAUUUUCUUGUUGAGGAAGCUGGGGUCCAGAGCUGUAAAGUGUCUUGCUUAGCUACACUUGGUGACACUGUGAUCCAGGACCCAGUUCCAAGGGGCCCGUCUUUGUCCUUUACCAAGAAUUAAAUGGAAGACAUUUCUUGACUGAGGCAGAGAAAUCCUGAUUAGUGAUGGACUUGUCCUCCACUGGGCAGUAUUUCUGAAACACGUUGGUGGUGUUGAAGUGACCCCGCCCCCCGUUCUCCCCGGUCCUGCAGUCACGUCUCUAGAACCAGCACUGGGGUUUAGCCUCACACUUUAGCUCCUCAGCAGGUAUGUAACAGAGCCACAGCUGUGUGUCUAAUUCCCCGGGCAGAGAGGACAGUACGUGUUCUGUGGCAUCGCAAGGAGUCCGUACCCAAGGAGAGCUGUUCUUUGAGCUUCACCAGGGUGAUCUACACUUGGCUGCUUGCUUCCUAGAUUUUCAGAGAAAUAUAAACAUGGCAGUUCCCUACUUGACAGCUAAUUGUUCAAGAUAUUUAAAAAAAAAAAGCAGAAUUAAAAAAAAACCCAGGGAAUAAGGUAUCCAUAGACAGGCGCUAUCAGGCAAGUCACAGAGGGUAAGGAUGGCUUCCUGUGGCCUCUCCGUGCUUUACACACGUCCCAACAGCCGUCUUCCCACCGACUGGCUUAUACUCAGUGGUUUAUGUUUUGUUGUGUUUUGUUUCAAAUACAGUGGAGCCUUUUCCAUCACAAAGAUAACCCACAUUUUUGUAGAAUUGCUUUGAAUAUUUUAAGGCAAAUGUUUACAAUCUAAACACACUGACAUAAUUCUGAAUUAUUCACUGGAAAGAUGCCGGCAGGCCACUAAUGCCUCAAGUGGUAGAUAAUUCAGAAUACUUCUAUUUGGUUUUGGCUUUUUUGUUUGUUUGCUUUGAAGGGGCAGGGGAUAAGUGAAGCAGCUUUAAAAUUUGAAUCCAUAGUGUACCCGAUUAUGGGAGAACCGGAACAUCUCAGGCCCAGGAAUUAAUUGUCACUGAGGGGAAGGUGCACUUGGACCUGCUCUGUGCCCCACUGUCUCACAUUGCUCAUUUGGUGUUGUCCUUGUGUCCUGGCUGUGGUUAUUAGCUCAGUGAGGUCUAAACUCCUAGAGUGCAGGACCAUUUUGCUGGUGUCCUUUCUUCCUAGCCACUCUGCUUGGAAGAAGUGGGGAGGGGACCAGAGGUGGAUGACAAGGAGUGGGCACACACCAUGUUAGCUGCAGAAGACAGAGGCUGGAGGGAGACAGGCAGGACCAGGGCAGCAGGCUUAGUAAAGGAGAAAGAGACACAGUCUGGUGAAUCCAAGGUACAAGGAGGCAAUAAGGUUGAGUUAGUGAGCAGGCAAAUGAAUACAGUACAACUUCAUGGGCUUUUAACACUAAUUCAAGAUCUGUAGUCAGCCAGAGGGCAUUUGGUUGAAGUUGACCUGCAAGGGAAGAGCUUGCUAAGGAAAAAAGGUAGUAUGAAGAUGAUUGUAGGGAUGUGUCCAAUAUAUGUGCAUAUAGAUAUAUAAAAUGCAAAAUACUUUCAACUCUUCAGACACCAUUUAUAUAAAAACAAAUAGGCUCAUUCACUCAUUAAACUGUACUGGAAGAGUCAGUGAAUAUACUUGAAAGCAAUAAUCCUGAAUUUCUUUUAAGCUAUUAUAUGAUUAAGAGUGGUUCUUAGGAAUUACUAAAUGAUUACUGUGUUUAGCUGUAUGUAUACUGAAGCCUGAUUAACCAACAGGUGGAUUACCCAGAACCACUGUUCUCUUAACUUGAACCUCUUGCUGUCCUCCAGCUGUAACGUGGAAAUGAUAGUAUGUCUCUUUUCAUGCCUGUGACCUCAGCUCUUGGAGUUGCUUGAAGUGAAAGACCCUUGAGGUGUCUGGGCAGACAGAGCAGUUCCAGCUGAGGAACAUCUGACGUGUCACUUUCCAUAGUUAGCAGCCCUGACCACAGGGCUGGGGAACAAUUAGACAGAUCCUAAGGUUGCUUCUAGCCCCAGGAUCUUCUGACUCCCACCUGGCUCUGUGGGCACCUCGGACAGCUCCAAGCGAGAUCGCCAUGCUGAUCCCCAAGGAGGCACAUAAAACAUCUGAAGGACAGACAGAUGCUGGUCAUUUUGACUAAUUCUUGGAACCAUGCAAGAAGACUGAGAGGUAUUUCAUUAUUUCUUCAGAUCAAUUUGUUCGAAGUGACAGCAGAAAGCCUUUUGUUCUAUCAGACUGCAGACCUAGGAAGAAAAUAUAUCAAUCAUAUAAUAAUUGUAUAAUGAUCUAUAUAUUGGGAGAAUAGUAAUUUAGUGGCAGUGGUUUUCUCCUUAGAGAAAUUGAGGCUGCUCAUUGCUUAUUUAAAAUAAUAAUCAUUGACUUUAAGAAAUUAACUGUACUAUAAUGAGUUUCUUCUCUAUCAAAUGUAUUCCUACAAUAGGGCCAACUCAUGAGAAACCAGAUUAUCUUGACAGCACUGGCCUUUCUCAGUGCAUGUUGCGAUGGCUCUGUGAGGCCUUUCUUCAGGGAAACUGUUAUUAUACAACAAACCAACAAAAUCCCUCUUUUUUAUGGUUGAAACCCAUUUGGCACCCAAAAUGUAAUAUCUGUUCCUUGGCUCUGUAUCACUGGUCCUUUUGACUAAUUAUAAAAAUCAUAUUCACAAAGAAAGAUUUUUUUUUCACUGUUGAGGAUAUCUAAAGAAUGCAAUAUUUGGUGCUUAGGUGAGACUUUUUAAAAUGAACAUCAAUCAUUUAGAAUUUUUAAAAAUGACCCUUAAAUUAGUUUUAUUAUGCUUUUCUGCACUGUAAAUAAUAGUGUAUGAGAAAGUGAUUAAAAGUACUGGAUUUAUAUUGCGGCCAUGUGAAAUCAAGGAGGGGCCUGAAUAAGGCUUGCAAAUCACAGAUUCCUCAUCCCUGAAUUACGUUCUGCUGUCUAUAAAAAGAAUGCCAUUUUUGAAAUGUCCAUUGGUAUUAAAUAAGAACUAUUGGUGGUAUCAUGGAGAAUCUUGCCAUGAGCAGGAAGCAAUGCCCAUUAGACCACAGCAGACUCUGAAACAGUGCUGGUGGAUAGGACUAGUUUAGGGGCAAGCGGUCCUCCACCUUAAUAGCUUCUGAGACCAUCAAUGAAUUAAAGCACAGAUCAGCACUCCUAUUGUUACCACUGAGUCAUUCUGAAAAGAUUCAGUUAAAUUUUUGUAGUAUAUUUUAAAGGCAGAAAAGCAUUAAUACACAAAUUUCAAUCCAAAUUGUUCAAGGUUAAAAAGCUCAGCCCUAGGUGGGAGGUCACCUUCAGUUAUGUGUUAAAUCAAAAUGCUGUACCACAAUUUUCCAGUGAUGCCAGGGUUUGAAGGCAUCUCUGUACGUUUGUGUAGCAGAUAACUAUUUCAAGAUCAUACGGCAGGGCAUCUUCACCCCCAUUCUCUCACUGUGCAGUACUUUGACACACAAUCUUGGUGUCUCUAGAAUUUUAAGUUCUCAAAGACCCCACAAUUACAGGUGCUGUCCAAAUUAGAGCUCCCCAGGCUCCUGACAAGGAGAAAGUACCACCUACCUGGUUCUGUCAUCUCAGGUCAGACCACCCAGUUCAAUGCCUUGAACUUACAUAAGGAAAGGCAACAGCACUCAUGUAUAAAAUAGUUUAUUACCAUAAUAAAUAAACUUUUUUUUAUUUUACAAAUGUCAUUUGUGCUUGUUUAAAAAUGUUGAGAAGGGGGUAACAAUGGAGGGCCCCAUGUUUCUCUUAACAUUCCCCAAGCUGCAGUCAUACCGUGGAGUCCUGGCAGCAUCCUCAGCUGACCACAAAAACAGUGUCAGCUCAUUUGCACUUCUGUUGAUGCAUGCUCAUUUGGACAAGGUGACAGAUGCAAAGGAAGAAGAAAAACCCAAUGAAGGAUUUGUCCGGACGCAACGGGAAGAGUGUUAAUAUCAGGAGGGCCAAAUGACGAACUGCUCGUGGCGGCAAUUAAAACGUCUCAACAUGAACACACUGGGUGAGAAAACGGUGCUUUCUCUGAUGGCUGCAGUUGGUGCCCAGAGGACAGUGAAAUCUCCGGUUGGAGGGCACAAGAGCUGGUGAAGGCUUGGACAGUUGCAGAGCUGGUUUUGUACUUUCCACCUAAGGAUUCGGGAGAAGGUGAUUGCUGGAUAGGGCGGUGUGAUGGAAUGUGUUUUUAUUCUGAGCUGUGCUAACUCCACUUCUGAAAGAGGAUUCCAGCAGACAGCACAGAGGAUGCUCUAGAAGGUGGAAGCCACCAGGUAACUGUAUAGGGGAAGGCUGAGUCAGUGGUAUCUGAAGCUCGUGGUCCUUGCUUGGGAGGCCAGCGCAGCAUCUGGGCAAGGGUAGGUAGGUAGGUAGCACAAAGCAGCCCGUGGCCAAGUGCAUGUCAUAAAAAUGCAAGGGAAGAAGGUUUGGCUCAUUAAAAAAUGUUUUUUCUUUCCCCAGAGAAAAACCAUUAUAGCAAAAAUUCCCCAAAUCCUUGACUGGAGAAGAAUAAAAGCACAGACAGCCACCCCGGUGGUGCUCCCACCGUCACCCCCAGGAGGGUGUGCUGCAGGCCCUGGGACCCCGAGAGGAGUCGAUCAGGCUGCUCGUCACUAGCCCAGUUUGACUUCGAGGAGUCGAUCCAGCAAUACAUUCACGAAGCGUGAUUUUUUCCCCUCUAAACAGGUCUGGACUUCAAGGCCUCACACAUCAGCAUCUUUGCCCCUCAGCCUGACAGCCCUGUACUCCCCAGGCAGAGCUGGAGGGCAGGGCCUGCAGGGAGCUGCACAGGAGCCUGCCAUCGAGUCCCGGAGAGCGGGGCAGCCGGAUGCGGGAGGUAUCAGGGCCCUCGCCCCACCUUAAAGCGAUGCCACUGAAAGGAGCCCAAGGAUUACCUGACCCCAGGUGAAGGCGAGGCAGUGGAGGGUCCCGAGCAUUUCGGCAUAGGGACUUGGAUGACCCGUAGGUGGCUCCAUGAUCGUCAUUCUGAGCUCAGACCUUCCCUGUGGACCACAGCUCCAUGGCCACCUCUCUCCAUCACUUUACAGAGGCAGCCUGGAAACCCUUCCUGAAACCUCUCAGCUGGCUCCAAAAAUGUCUCUCUCUGAUUCUGGGGACUGAGGCCUGGAGAUUUCAAACAGCUCCUGAGGAGACUGGGAGGCUCGGCGGGAAGUACAGAUGGUCUGUAAGUCACUCUACUGCCUCGAGGAAGCCCCCACUGUCCCUCCACCUGACCCAGAGCUCUCUGAUGCCACCAGUCAGAUACGAUCGAAAAGAUGAUCAUUUUAUACAAAGUGCCAAUAAAUACAGAGGAAUCCAACAAACACUGAAUUGCUUGACACCAGGACUCAGUCAGCACACCGUUGGCAGACUGGAGGCUCACACCUGUCACUUGACUUCAUCAAAGCUCCUGGCACUGGACGACUUGACACUAACAGAUACAAGCCACGGGACUCAGGAGAAUCUCGUCCACUCUGAAGAGGAACCCAACUAAAAGCAUCACAAGGAUGGAGGGACGAUAAGUAGAAGGAUCAGGACCCUUUUUGCCUGUUCCCCCAGUACCCUGAGUUGGUAGCCUUACCCUUUCGUUCUGGGAGUGGCCCCUCAUCUCCACCAGGCAUCCCAGUCCUCCUCACACCAAGGCGAAGCUCAAACAGCACCUCCUCCCAAAGCCUUCCCUGAUUUCACUCCCAUCUCCCAAUCCUAACAGCCUUUGCUGUGCUCAUACCACUCUUCCGCCCUAAUGACUGUCUUGUGUCCAUCUGUAGUUUGAUGUGUGCUAUUUCAUGCGGUCCUUGCGGCAACUCCGGCAGAAUGCUGACUCUCAGAGCCAUCAAAUACGUGAGCCCAAAUCAGGUGCCUUCCCACUGCUUCAUCAGCGCGCAGUCGCUCAGCUGCCAAGGUAACUUGCUGGUUCUGCACUCCUUGAGAAAGGAUCCACCACCGUCCCACUCACAUCUGAACUAAACACUCUUCAGAAGUGGUCUAUACAGUGAAGUCUCCUGCACCCAGGACGGGGCUGACAAGGGAACAGCUCUGAUCGGCCAUUCAGAAGUCUUCAUGCAGCGCCCACUGAAUACAAGAUGUGUGAGAUGAGCGGUCCACAUUUAAUGAAAGUAAAAGAGCCGAUGGUCCAACGGCUCUCCUGGCCUGGGCGGAUCUGAAGCAGCCGCAUUUUACAGAAGGGCCCAUGGAGAAUGAGAAAGAGUGUGCGGAGGCCUGGGCUUCUCCCUGGCAUCUUGGAGGUGGUUUAGACCCUGUGUGCCACCACUCGGAGCAGCCCAACCUUGUUAGGAUGCUAACACUUUUUACAGGUCGACACUGCUCUUCACUUGGGUUCUUGGUAAGGUCUUAUCUGUCCCCUGAAGCCUGGACCUCCUCUGACCUCCCAUAGCACCUAACACGUUUCCAUUGUGUUCAGCACUUGCCUUCUGUACCCGAGAUGAUCAGUGCAUUUACCUGUCUGUAUGUGUGCUUUGAUUAUGUCCUCAUCCCAUUGUCGCCACUCCCCCAGUUAUAGUACAAGCACUCUUGCCGGGACAAACUGUUUUGUUCACUGUUGCGGCUCCAAGGCUAGAACAAUGCCUGGCACACAGUAGGCAUUCAAUGACUACCUGGUAACUGACUUGGGCAAAUUACUGAACAACUCUGGUCUUCAGAUUUGUCUUUAUAACUUGGGAAUAACUCUUUACUAUGAUCUCUGUGCUAACACCAGGAGGAUGAAAUGAGACAGUGCGCCCCAGUGUGUGUGUAUCACUUAUUUACUUACUGCCCCAUCAGCACCAAAUCCACCCUCCAUACUCUGCUUGGGGAUGCUGGCCUUCAGAGCCGGCUAACCGUGUUUCCCAGACUCCGGGGCCGGCUGGUUUCCGGUUAGGUGCUGCCAGUGGCAGGCCCUGGCAGGAGGGAAAGGCAGGAGGAGGAGAGAAGAGGCUUCCUCCUUGUUUUCAGCUCCUAUACGUAUGGCUGCAGUGGCAGUGGCCAGCUCCAGCCCUGCUCUCUAGCCGCGUCCUCUCUAGCGUUGGUGCGCUCCCUCUGAGGCCUCGCAGCAGCCCAGCUGUGCACACUGCAGUCAGAGUCCAGCUCCCUGACUCCUCACCCACUGAACACCCCCAAGUCAAGCUCUACCCCCAAAGCGCUGGGGACAAGCCCGGGGUGUCUCCUUCUCAGACGUCAGCACCCUUCCUUGGGGAGGUCUGAACACUAGCAGCACCCCUUCCAGAAGCUGGGGCCCCUCCUCUGACCUCCUGGGAUUUGAUAAUGCCACUUUUUUCUGCCCCCAUCCCUGGGAGAGGGAGGUGCUUCUUGCAGUUAUUAAUCUCUGGGCAUCCUCAACAUUUCCUUUUUGCUCUUUUCAGCCUUCCAACAUCAACCUUCUGAUUUAAAUCCCCUCUUUAAAAAUUAGUGUAGUUUUGAAUAUAUGUAUGUAUAUGCAUGACUGGGACACUGUGCUGUACACCAGAAAUCGACACAUUAUAAUCGACUGUACUUCAAUAAAAAAAAGAAUUUAAAAAAUUAGUGUAGUUUCAAAAAUAUGGAGAAUGAGAAAGUCUUAUACCCACCUAACUAUAUGCUGCUUUCAAGAGAUACAUUUAAAUAUAUGUCACAUAAAAAGG